AGCAGACGCAAACUGAAACGUACUCCACUACAGAUACUCCAAGCUUGGACUGUAAAUAUUACGGCUGUAAGUCGUCUAUCUUAAUUUUUAUUUUUGUUCUUGUACUUAUCUAGUUUCGCUAGGCGUCAUAAAAUACGAAUUAUGAUAAUGGAUGCCCUAGAAGAUGACAUUUUAGAUUUUAAAGACGACCAAAACCACAACUAUUGUGCAAACAUCAGCGGCAGAACCCGCACUACACGAAGCCAGGGGACGGAUUCAACGGAUGCCCAAGCGCCCGGCAGUCUGUCGGUGCCAGGUGAAACCCCGGGGUGUAAGCGAGGGACUUUGUCUGACAGUAAAGGACUGACAAAGUUUACAGACUCGGAUAGAGACUGUCAAAGCAGUAAAGUCAGAGAGACUGCUAACAUGGCUCCGCCUUCUACUGUCGAUGGAAAACGUACUAUCGACUCUCCUUCCAAAUUCCUUCUGAAUGCAAUGGCUGUAGAAGACUACCGGAAAAACCACUGGCCAAACCUCGAAAAGGCAAUUGAUCGUCUGUUGCUUUACAAUCCAACAGACCACAUCUCUGUUUCUUAUGCUCAGAUAUAUAGUUACGUCUACAGGUGUGUUUGUCAGCAGCACUCAGAGCUGCUCUACAAUGAUUUGAUAAUGAAAAUAACAAGCCAUCUGCAACAGGUGUCAAUCCAUCUAGAAGCUAGCCCACCAGGGAAUGUCAUCGAGAACUUUAACGAUGCUCUAACCCAAUACACAGCUUCUCUACAAUGUAUAGUUCCUGUAUUCAUGUACUUGAACAAGUUCUACAUCGAAUCAAAGCUCAACAGCGACCUAAGAAAGGAUCUGAUGAAGUUGUUUGCUGAUCAAGUUGCAGAAAAGCAUGUGAACACACUGAUGUCUCUUCUCAUCAAAGCUCAUUCGAUGCCUUUUCAAGUACAGCCAUCUACAAUGGCCAGCGUGGUUAAAGGCCUCUACAGCCUACAACCAGAGUGGGCAAAGUUAGCCCCAGCUCUCUUCUCUGGGUUUAUUCCCCAAAUCAACCCACCAACUGAGGAGUCUCUGCUGUCUGACUAUGCUGCUUAUGACAAGAAGCUGCAGAUGGAGCUGUCAAUGAAUGGAUUUCCCCGAGGUGACCAGUCUCUGAAACGGACCAGUGAUGACUCCUGAUAGCAGAACCACCUUCAAUAGAGUUGUUGAAGAUCUACUACUGUGCCUCCUACAUAUUUAUCACAUGCAAGGUGGCUCAAUGCAAUAGUUGUAAUAUUGACAAUGUAUCAGUUUAACAUCACUUGAAGGGUAAUAAUACUCUGUGAACAACAAGAGAUUAUGAUGACAGUUUUGAGCAGCUUCAUUUACUGCACUAAAAAGAAUCCUCAUAAAUCCAGCUUCAGUAUUUGUGGGAUGCUGCUGAGAUUGUUUUCUUCACUGUCUAAUCUGAAGAGUGCCUUCAGUCUCUAUUCAGAUCAGAGAUCCUUGUGAAGGAUAGGUUACUAUCAGUAAACCACCCCUAACCUUUCAAAUUGAUUUUCUUUUUAUUGACUGGGCAAAUCAAGGCUUUUUAUUGCUGCUUAUACUACUGUCAAUGUGAAAAAUACAAAUGCCUCAGAUUCACACGUUAUGUCUGUAAUGCAGUGACAACACUUAGUCUAAUUUCUUUCAAGACUUGUUUAAGUGCUGUAAACCGCUGACAUCAAGUACGAUUUUGUUCUUCAUAAUGCCUUUACUUCACCAGGUUUCCUGUUUUCCAAAGAGGAUUUGUAAUACAUGUUUUCUUUUAUGUAUUUAUCUCACUGAGCCAUUUUCAUUGUAUUUAAACUUCAACAUUCUGAGAUUUGGUUGGAACAGUUUGUUCUUCAAGUGGAAUUGAAACACUUAAAAGCAAAUAUAAUAAGCAUUUAUCUUGCUAAUUUUUAA